CUAAAUUCUCACAAACCUCAAUAAUGGUGCUGCACUUGAUGUUGCGCGGCUCAUUCUCGAUCGCCACGCGACUGAGGGUGCUUCCAAUCCACCACCACCACGACCACCACUCGCGCAGAUCCAGCCACGGACUCGCUGCAGACACUCAUCCCGAGCUGCCGCAGCCGUCGCCGGGCAGGCACCCGCACCUGAUGAAGCACGGCGAGCUCACGCCUGGGAUUCCCGCGGACGAGUACGCCGAGCGACGCCGCGCUCUGAUGCGCCGGCUGCCACUCGGGAGCCUUGUACUCGUGUUUGGAAGCACCAAGCACUUGAUGGCGAACGACAUCCCGUACCCGUUCCACCAGAACGCAGACAUGCUGUACUUGACUGGGCUGAACGAGCCCGACGCCGUCCUCAUGCUCCAAGCGCCGACCAGCGAGCUCAAGAAUAACCAUCCAAGCACUGAAUCAUCAACUCAGCAACAACAAGCACAUUUAUCGAGUGCACUGAAGCAAGCUCCGUCGGCCGCGUCGCAGAUGGUCGCGAGUAUUCUUGGCGUUUCACUUGUCAAACAAGGAGAUUUCCCGCCAUUGCCGCAACUCCCGCCCCCGCCAUCACUGCCAGCGAGCACGUUCCGGGCUGCCGUGGCAAACCUUAGAGGCGAGCAUACCAUGACCCUGUUUGUCAAUCCAACCGAUCGCGUCUCGCGGCUGUGGGACGGGCCUCGUGCGGGUCUCGAAUGGGCCAAGGCGCACUUUCGAGCAGACCGGUCGUUUCAAAACAGCGAGUUUGCAAUGCAUCUGCGAAUAGCACUGGGCCAAUGCACACACGUCAUUGCGCCCUCGUCGGACUCGGCCAGCUCCCCACAGCCAGUGGCGAGCGUGUUUGAUUCGGCAAUCAAGUCCUUUCCCGAGCAUCGUCAAGUCCCUCUGCAACCCUUCUUGCAUGCUCAGCGCGCUGUCAAGUCUCCCGCUGAGCUCGUGUUGAUGCGCAAGGCAGCCGAGAUCGCCUACCAUUCCUUUAUUGCUGGAAUGCAAGCGACUCGCCCAGGGGUGGCAGAGUACCAAGUGUUUGCUGCAAUGCAAGCAGCGACAAUCUCACGAGGAGCCUUCCACCUGUCCUUCCCACCAGUCGUCGCUGGUGGUGCUCGUGCCACCAUCCUUCAUUACGUGCAAAAGGAUCAACUAUUACGUGCGAACGAGUUGGUAUUGGUCGAUUUUGGCAGCGAGUACUUUGGAUACUGCUCGGAUGUAUCGCGGACGUGGCCAGUUUCUGGCAAGUUUAACGCCAUCCAGCGAGCCGUCUACGAAGCAGUGCUUUCGGUGAAUCAGAAAUGCAUCGAGGUUUGCGAUUUGGGACGAAAUGCUGGCCUCCGGGCUGCCGAUCUCUCGCGACAUGCCCGAAACUUUACGAUUCAAGAGCUUGAAAAGCUUGUUCCACUGAUCAUCCAACCUCAAUUUCGCCACCUUUACUCUACUCGCGAGCAGCUGAUUCCUCUUGCAAGCCAGCUCUUUCCACACAGCAUUGGCCACUUUCUUGGAAUGGACACGCACGACACUUCUGAAAUCCGCCAGUUUGAGACGUUCGUCGACGGCAUGGUCUUUACGAUCGAGCCUGGGUUGUACAUUGACGAGUUUGGCGAGCAUUUUGUGCCAGAAGCACGCGGCAUUGGCAUCCGUGUCGAGGACAACAUUCUCUUCCGAUCCGGUUUGCCAGCUCAAGUCUUGACUGCAAUGAUUCCCAAACUUGUGGAUGAUAUCGAACGUGUUUGUGCGCAGUGAAUGCGAGCGAUUGGUUGCUGGCUAUGUUGUGGGCAAAAUGCUUUUCAUUCAAUGUUUACAUCAACAUCAACACAAGCAUCAAAACAAAGCGAAUGCCCAUCUC